UCCAGCAUUAUUCAGCAGGCAUAUUCUGUUCUUCCCUUCACAUAGUAGAACACGUGCGUGAAGUGGUUUAAAACUCACUGGCACAACCCGUCCUCAAGGUACUACCUUACCUACCUACAUAUCCAGGAUACAAUUCCACAACCUUCAACAAACCGAACUCCACGGGCUUAGCCAUCUCAGAAGCCAUGGCAACGAUUUCAAGCGGGAGAACUGCUCCUAGCAGCGACAUUCCGACGAAUACUUCGCAUCCGUAUACUUGCAACACAUGUCAAGUCGCCUUCCGCAACAGCGACCUUCAGAGGGGACACAUGCGCAGCGAUUGGCACCGAUACAACCUCCAGCGCCGUGUUGCUACGCUACCGCCCAUCUCGUCCGAAGUUUUCACUGAGAAGGUUCUCCAGGCUCGGGCUGAGACAACCGCACAAGCCGACAAGGCCGGUUUCGAGCGCGCUUGUGAGACGUGCCAAAAGACAUACUACAGCGAGAAUUCGUUCCGGAAUCACCUCAGCAGCGCGAAGCACAAGGCGAGGGCCGUCGCUUUAGCAUCGCGGUCGAAUGGCAAAGCCGACGACGAGGCGGGCUCCAUGUCCUUCUCCCUAGGCGAGCCGGCGGCAGAUUCGGUGGUGGAUUCGGACGCCGAGGAGGAGUUCAACGAGGUUGUUGAGGGACUCAAGAACACUGGGCUUCAAGAGUCUACCUCUCCUGUCAAGCGACCCUCGAAUCCCCAUUUAUCCGCCGAAGCUCAAAACAAGCCAGAGCACCCCCUCUCGCGAACGUCGAGCGAGGAGGAGUCGUCUACUACAACCCCGUCGGCCCCCACCCCCACGGGGCCGAAACAGGCCCCGGAGGCUCCGUCGCUCAAAACAUGCCUGUUUUGUAACUACGAGUCUCCGACACCGCCGCUCAAUGUAUCACACAUGGAGCGUAUUCACGGCAUGUUUAUUCCGGAAAAGCAAUAUUUGGUGAACCUGGAAGGGUUGCUUGGUUAUUUCCGGGAGCAGGUCUUUAGUCUGAACCAAUGCCUCACCUGUGGAAAAUUCAAGUCAAACGCAUUCGCCGUGCAGACGCACAUGCGUGACAAGAGCCACUGCCAAAUCCCAUACACCACCGAGGAAGAGCAGGUUGAGAUUGGCGAGUUUUACGACUUCCGCAGCACGUACUCUGACGAGGGAGAGUGGGAAGACGAGUCGGACGACGAGGGACAGCAGAACGGGGGCGUCAAACUCGGGGCGAAGCGCGAAAGCAAGGUCACUGGCGAGGACGGCGAUGAAGUUAUGGAGGACGAGACUUGGGAGACUGACAGCGAGGCAUCGUCUCUCGACUCUAACGAUCUCCACGCUGUCCCCGCGGAUCAACAUUAUCACCAGUACGACCGCCUCAACAAGCACCCCCACCACUCGCGAAACACUUCUCGUAGCCAUCACCAAGCAGAUGGCUGGCACGCACACGCCCCCAAACGCGCCCAGGCAGUUUUCCACGACGAGUACGAACUCCAUCUCCCGAAUGGAAAAUCUGUGGGUCACCGGUCACUCAACAAGUACUACCGACAAAACCUUUACCACUACCCGACUCCGGAGGAGCGGGCGGAACGCCUGGCUAUCGAGGAGAGCGAGAGGGAUAACGAGAUGGACGUUGACGGCGACGAACGUCCUCGUGGGCGGGCCCUGAUACCAAGGGAUGUACGGGGGCUUGGCGUCGCUUCUCUCGACGAUCAGCAGACGAGAAGCAUCGUCAACAAGGGCAAGAAGCAGGAGUGGACAAACCAAAAGAGUAAGGGCAUGUUGCAGUCGCGGCUGGCGAUCAAGGAGAGGGCUCCUCAUCCGGCCACGUACCUGCGCUGAGUCCAUGGAUCGGUUUGGGGCGACGAACCUAGUCUAGGCGACGGUUUUUGGUUUUUUGCUA